AAUUAUGAUACCGCCCGCCGCCAGUGAUCUGUAUAUUAUACACGACAAGGAAGUAAAGGAAUGACUCGUCGCCUGGAAACGAUCGAUGGUUUUAUCGUAGUUUAGACCAUUGUAGGGUCACUGUAUAUCCUUCGUGAACCUUAAAAUGGCUGAAGGUGGACACCCUCCAGAACUGGACAUACACUUACUGGAAUGUCCUAUCUGUCUGGAGCGACUUCAAAAACCAAAGUCCUUACCCUGUCUCCACUGCUUCUGUCAGGAAUGUCUCGGGACCUACAUCACCAAGGAGUUGUCUGGGAAGAUGGCGUCAGAAACAUCCUUCCCUUGUCCUGUCUGUAGGAGGGUGACCCCGCCUGUCAAUCCUGUGGACUCUAAGGAUAAGUGGGCAGAUCAGUUCCCAACUAACGCUGUCAUCCAGGACCUAAUUCAGCUCAAGGAACGAUCGUCUGAACCACUGUACUGUAAACCCUGUCAGAAAAAAGGUAACAUGACCAACCCUGCGCAAUUCUGGUGCAAGGACAUGGCAGUGAACUUUUGCGAUGAUUGUAAGGUGCAAUUCCACGAUAUUUUGCACAAUGAAUGCGGUAUCUUAGAUAUCAGUGGAUAUGGUAAUAACCGGACGAAUCUGGAAAAGUCAGUCCCUCGAUGUGACCAGCACGAUAAGAAGAAGGUUUGGUAUUGUGAGGACCAUCAACUCUUAGGAUGCAGCAUAUGUAUGUUGGAAUUCCACAGAUGUUGUGAAGAGGUGACAACAGCUAUGAAGUAUUUUCAGAGAUUAAAAGAUGGUUCACAGCUAGCAGACAUGCAAGAUUCCUUGAAGAAAAACGCCGACGUUAUUGACAUAAUAGUGAAGGAUUUUGAUGAACAGCUUCAAAAUCUGGUACAGAACCAGGAAACAGCACUACAGAGUAUCACCGAUCUACGUCAAAAGGUCGAUAAACGGCUAAACACGCUACAGAAGGACGUCACAGACAAGUUGAUCGCGUCGUUCAAAGAGGAGAAGAGAAACAUGGAGUCGUCAUUACGGCAGUGUGAACGUCUGAUGAAUAGUAUGUUAAAUACUAUGAAGUCGUCCGUUACCGCCGUAGAGGGAAAUGACCACAUUGAGACGAUAGUGUUGUACCAGAGAGGACAUGCAGAGGUGGAGUCAUGUAAGGCCCUGAUAACGGACAUGAGAAAGUCGUACACGUCCGUCAGAAUCAAGCAUCAUGUUACAAAUGAACACGGAAAUCUUGAUGACGACGCAAUGGGAAAGAUCAUAAUCGAGAAACAUUCACGACGUUUGCGUGGCAACCAUGGUGAUCUAGAACCACCCUUGUUAGAACGCGAAGUGAAGGAAAUCGGAAAGUUCAACAUAAAGAUUCCGUCAGAUAAAGAUAAUUGCUGUGCCCGUGGUGUUGUUUACCUCCCAUGUGAUCAAAUAGUUGUAAGUGAUUACAACAACAAGAAGCUGAAGCUGUUUACAGACAAAGGACAGUUACUGGACGAGUUGUCCAUUCGAGGACGUCCCAAUGAUCUGUGUCUGGUAGACAACAACACUGUGGCGGUCGCUGUCUCCGGUCCUGGUGGUAUACAUGUCGUGAAAGUCGAGGCAUCAAAACUCUCCAUGUCGUCUGAGAUCAGGAUGUCAAAUGGUGAGGACUGUUAUGGUAUAACACGUACAGACGGGAGGUUUAUCGUGGGUACAUAUGGAGGUGGAGUAUACAGUGUAACCCAGGACGGCGUGGCUGACUUGUUACAUCAGUAUAACAGUACCUGUUGGUCACUCACACAUGACUCAGUAAAGGGAGACACACUCGUCAGUGUCUAUAGCGACACCAUGGGAGACGUCGUGGUGUCCAGACUGUCGGCUGAUAAACGUCACACAGACGUGAUGAAGGUCGGCGUCGUGAGUCGUCCCAGGGUAAUAGACGUAGACAGGGAGGGAAACAUCUACGUGUGUGGUUAUAAAUCACACAACGUCGUACAGAUGUCUGGGGACGGGACACACGUCAGGGAAUUGCUGUCAUCUGACGGAAUUAAAUACCCAUGGGCAAUAUCGAUCAAUGGUAACAGAUUCGUAGUCACUCGACAUCUUAACUCGUUCCGUGGCGAAGAUGAGGAUAAUUAUAUUCGGGUCUUUCAGCUCUACUAGUGUGAAUAGAAGAUUAGAUCCCCUUGUCGAGAAAUGUGUUGUUUACUCAAGUAAUCGGCGUCACCAUCUUCCAAACACUGAUGCGUGAUACAGUUGUCUCCUGAUGUAUCUGUGGUAGAUAACUGCAAAUAAUGAUAAACUCGCGAUAUUAUUCAGCUUUAAAAUGUAUAAAACAGACACAAAUGAAGGCCGAUAGUUUGAGAUGUUUAUUUGCCGUAACAGUCUGAUAAAUAUGUACAUGGUGACAAGUUUGUGGUCACUGAUUAUUAUGGCAACCCCAUUAGGAUCUUUCAGCUCUCAUAAUGUUUACAAUAACAGACACAAACGCAAGCUGAUCACGUGAUAUUUAGGUUGACCGUAAAAAAGGAAAUACACAUAGUUGGACAAAUUGCUAUACCAACUUGAGACAUAAACAUGAACGUUUUACAUAUAACUUCAACUGAUAUGCGACAUUGUGGCUAAAGUCAUUGUAAAUGUACAUUAAGAAUUAGCAAUUAUCAAUAAUUUUUGUAGUCAAAAAAAAGAUAAUAUCCUUGAUUUUU